AUGAGCGCCUUGCACUUAGCACUCUUGGGUUUCCUUCUGAGUUUUAGGGCCACUGCUGCUGGACCAGAGGGUGACUUUUGCUCUAAGAACCAGGUGGCCUUCAGAGACAGUUGCUAUGACUUUGUACCACUUGGACGCACCUUCCAUGGUGCCCAAGCCUGGUGUGAGGGACAAGGAGGCCACCUGGUCUUCAUUCAGAAUGAAGGCACCCAGAAAUUUCUGCAGAAACACAUCUCCCAGGACAGGGAGUGGUGGAUUGGACUCACAGGGAGCUUGGCGCCAAGUGAAACUGUAGAAGGUCCAGGGACCUGGCUGGAUGCCUCCAAUGUGACCUACAGCAACUGGGGUGGAGGGCAGGCCAUGGCCGCCCCUGGCACCUGCGGCUACAUCGGGAGAGGCCCUUCCUCCAGGUGGGCCGUCACAGACAACUGCUCCCAGGAUUUUGCCUUUAUAUGUCAAUCAGGGCUUGGAUGGAGCCUGGCCUGUGACGGUUUCAACGCCACCCUGUACUGUGGCUCGGGGGAGGUGAUCCAGAUGCAAGACGCCUUCUAUGGGCGCCAGAGCCCUCAUUACUGUGCCCGGCAUGCUGGGCAUCCCAUGGGCCUGGACAACAAGUGCAGCUGGGUCAGCGUGAAGGAUGAGGUGGCAGAGCAAUGCCAGGGGCUGCAGGCAUGCCAGGUGGCAGCGGACAGUACUUACUUUGGAGAACUUUGUCCCACUCUGGGCAGCUACCUGUGGGUGCACUACCAGUGUCUGGAAGGCCUGCAACUGACUGUGUCCAAUGAGAGUUUCAUCUUUGAGAACAUCACCAUCUCUCUGACGUGGCUCCUCUCUCCCUACAGUGGAAAACUGUCCUGUAUAAUUAAUAUGGGAGAUGGACACAUUCUUGACCCCUACUAUCCCCCCAGUUUGUCCAGCAAUGUGACCCACCAGUUCACAUCUCCCGGGGAGUUCACCGUGUUUGCUGAGUGCACCACCAGCGAGUGGCACGUGACAGUGCAGAAGCAAGUGACCAUGCGAGCCAAGAUGCAGCGACUCAGCGUGACUGGGUGUUCCAACCUAUAUACAUCUGGGAAGAGCCCUCUCUGUCGAACCGUCUUUGGAGACCCUCUCUGGAUUCAGGUGGAAUUCGAUGGAGGAACAGGAGUGACUUACACUGUGCUGUCGGGUAACAUAACCCUGACAGAGUGUACCACCUCGAGGGGCCCAUGUCCCUGCAAUGUGACACUGGACAGAGGAGCCCAGCAGUUGAUGGGUGCGGGGAUGCACCACUUGGAGAUACGAGCCACAAGCAACACCACCACUUCUGUACUCUCCAGCAAUGUCACUGUGCACCUCCUGGAGCCCUUGUUGGGACUGCAGGCCUCGUGGGCUUCCGACCACUUGGAACUUGGCCAGGACCUGUUGAUCAACAUCUCAGUGGCUCAGGGCACCCCUGAGGAGCUGAUCUUCUGGGUGAUUGGACUCAAUGCCAACUUCUCCCACAAAGAAGAGACCUCUGGGGAGCCAUUUGGAAUGUACCAUGUGGCAGUUCCUGUUGAAGGCACCUUCCUGGUCACCGUGCUGGUGAGGAAUGCCUUCUUCAACACGAGUUUGGUGGUCGGAAGCAUCACUGUCUCAGGGCCAGAUAAAGAGGAAGGAGGCGUUGAGGUAUAUAUUGAACCUGGCCGAUUUGUGGAUCCUUUCACAACCGUGACUCUGGGCUGGCCGGACAAGGACGAGAGUUUACACUUCCAGUGGUCAUGUGGCUGGUGCUGGGCUCAGUGGAAUGACUGUGUUCAGAGGCGGCUCCUCCACACAGAACAUAGGGAGCUGGUAGUCCCACCGGGCUGCCUGCCACCGCCGGACUCUGCCGUGACCCUGAGCCUGACUGUGUGGAGAGGCCAGCAACUGGUGGACAGUCAGGAGCAGUGCUUAUACGUGGCCGCACCCCAGGAACUCAGCCCUCAAGUCAGCUGUGAACAAAACUGUGGGUCAGUGAGCACGGACAAGGACAUCGUGCUGCGGGUCACGAUGGGAGGCGGUGACCCCAGGGCCACCUUCAGCUGGUAUUUAGAUGAGACCUCGGCAGAGAAGGUCCAGCCCCUCCCAGCUGCCUGCGCACUGGGGGGAUUUUGGCCCAGUUCCCUGACCCUGCUCCAGAGCAAUGCCUCCACGCUGCGCCUCAACACCUCCUUCCUGCAGACACAGGCAGAGGGUGUGCACCUCAGAGUCACAGCACUGGCCGGGCACGCCUACGGAGAAGACACUUAUGUCAUUAGCACCCUGCCUCCCCCUGAGGUGCCAGCCUGCGUCAUUACCCCGGACGAGGGCACCGUCCUAACGAGCUUCGCCAUCCUGUGCAGCGUCUCCAUGGCCCCUGACCCUCUGGAGUACUGCUUCUGUCUGCAGUCAGGCUCCUGCCUACACUGUGGCCCCGAGCCUGCCCUCCCAUCGGUGUAUUUGCCACUUGGAAAGGAAAGCAGUGGCUUUGUGCUGACUGUGGUCAUUUCUGUCACCAACCAUGCAGGGGGCAGGCAGCAGACCCAGGCCACGGUGAAGGUGGGGUUUGGAGACCCGAGCAUGGAACUUGCCACGUUCCCGACUUCAGUGACAGAGGCCUUAACAGAUGCUCUAGAAGGGCAGCAUAGCCCUGAAUGGCUCUUCCAGCUGGCGAAGGCUGUGUCCUCUGUGCUGAACCAGGGGCACUCGGAGGAAGGCUUUGGGCAGAGGCUGGAAGUAGACACCCGGCAGAAGAUCCGAGAGCGUGUGCUGGGGUCUCUGGCUGCCAUCGCUGUCCCCCAGGAGGAGAUGCAGCCUGUGCAGAGGCUGGCUGAGGUGCUGAGAGAGGUGACCUACGGCAGCGAGGAGCUCACACCUGGGGCCCAGUGGGAAGCCAGCCAGGCUCUCCAGAAGGCCAGCAAGGCUCUGCUGGCAGCGAGCGCCAGGACCCGUCCUCAGGACCAAAGGCGCCGGGCAGCCACCUGGGACCUGUUUCAAGCUGUGGGCAGCGUGUUGGAGGCUUCCCUGAGCAACAGGCCACACAAAUCCACAGAAGCUAACAGCAGCCAGGCCACCACAGUGUCAACACUCCUCCAGGUUGUGGAGUGCGUGCAGAGGGCCCUCUUGCUGGGGACCUUGCCAGGGAGUCUGCCUGCCACACUGGCCACUCCCUCCAUCUCUGUGUAUACAAACAGGUUACCGCCACGGGGUUGGCAAGGCCCCUCGAUGCUCAUCGCCGCUGCCAACUCUGCGUCCUUCACUCUGCCUGCUGUCUCUUCCCUCCACUCGCUAGCUAACCGCUCCGAGCCCGUGGACAUCCGGAUGAUGAGCUUCCCAAGGACCCCCUUCCCAGUCUGCAGUGGCUUCAAUGUCAGCGGGACUAUUGGCGGCCUCUCUCUGACCAGCCCAAGUGGACAGCUCAUACCUGUAAAGGAUCUGCAGGACAGCAUCAUCCAGGUAGAAAUCCUGCUUCCGCGGCGAUCGGAACACAGUGAGCCGACUGUGUUGAACCUGAGCAGCUCUGAGGCUUUGCAGGUGAACCUGACUUCAGGGGAGGCAGCUUUAGGGAUACACCUGCACUGGAGACCCAGAGUCCCACUCACACUCAGCCUGGGCUAUGGUUACCACCCUAACGAGACCAGCUACGAUGCCAAAGCGUACUUCCCAGCUGAUCCAGAUGGUGUAUCCACGUGGAUCCUGAACCCCAAGGACCUGCCUUUUGGGGAAGGUGUCUACUACCUGAUUGUGGUCUGUGACCUGGAGCUGGCUGCCGGCAAAAACCUCACUGUUGGCAUUACCACCUUCCUGUCCCACUGUGUGUUCUGGGAUGAGGCCCAGGAGAUGUGGGACAGCUCAGGGUGCCAGGUGGGGCCACAGACCACCCCCUCCCAGACCCACUGCCUGUGCAACCACCUCACCUUCUUUGGAAGCACAUUCCUGGUGAUGCCCAAUGCUGUCGACGUCCACCAGACUGCCCAGCUCUUUGCCACCUUCGAGAACAACCCUGUGGUGGUGACUACAGUGGGCUGCCUUUGCGUGGUCUACGUGCUGGUGGUGAUCUGGGCGAGGAAGAAGGACGCUCAGGAUCAGGCCAAGGUGAAGGUCACAGUGCUAGAGGACAAUGAUCCCUUUGCCCAGUACCACUACCUGGUGACAGUCUACACUGGACACCGGCGAGGGGCAGCCACCUCUUCUAAGGUGACAGUCACUCUGUAUGGCCUGGAUGGAGAGAGUGAGCCCCACCAGCUGGCAAACCCUGACACCCCAGUUUUUGAGCGUGGAGGAGUGGAUAUCUUCUUGCUCUCCACCUUGUUCCCCCUGGGGGACCUGAGGAGUCUCAGGCUGUGGCAUGACAACUCAGGGAACCAGCCAUCCUGGUAUGUAAGCAGGGUGCUGGUCCAUGAUCUGCUAAUGGGUAAGAAGUGGCAUUUCCUCUGCAACUCUUGGCUGUCUGUGGAAGUUGGGGACUGCACCCUGGACAAAGUGUUUCCAGUGGCCACGGAGCAGGACAGAAAGCAAUUCAGCCACCUGUUUUCCCUGAAGGCCUCCGCAGGCUUCCAGGAUGGACAUAUCUGGUAUUCCAUCUUCAACCGCUCUCCUCGGAGCAACUUCACCCGUGUCCAGAGGGUGUCCUGCUGCUUCUCCCUGCUCCUCUGCACCAUGCUGACCAGCAUUAUGUUCUGGGGUGUCCCCAAGGACCCAGCAGAGCAAAAGAUGGACCUGGGCAAAAUUGAGUUCACUUGGCAGGAAGUGAUGAUCGGGCUGGAGAGCUCACUCCUCAUGUUCCCCAUCAACCUCCUGAUCGUUCAGAUCUUUCGAAACACCCGUCCUCAGGCCACCAAGAAGAAGACUGAGAGAUGGGGCUGGGAAGUCCCCACCCAGGUCCUCUCCUCACAGCCAAUGGAAGAGGGGCUUCUGACCUUUGAAACAGUGAUGAAGGAUAUGUGGCGACUCGUUAGCAACCUGUUUAAAGCUCUCCGGUUGCCGUCACCAACCUCAGGCUGGGACCCAGCAAACUCAAUGGACAUCAACUCUCUCCUGGCCUUGGUGGAAGACGCCAUUUGUCCGCAGACUGCAGCAGGACAGGUGGUCAAGAAGGAAGCUGAAAGCCAGGAAAGCCCUCUAGGGGCUGUUGGGUCCACUCGCAUCAAAGAGAAAAUGCAGUGCCCCCUGCCUGAGGUGUCCUCUGAUAGCCCUCUGGAGGUCAGCGCCUACCGCCAGUGUCUCUACAGCCAGCUGGAACAGGUGGAGUGGGGGCUGCGGUUGCUGGGGCCCCAUGGGUUCCCCCGACCCCAGAGCCACGGCCAGGCUCUCCGACAGCUGCAGACCCUGAAGAGCUGCCUGGGGGAAUUGCCAGACACCUCAGGUCCAGCAUACUCCAGGUCUGCCCGCAGCCUGCCCUGGUGGUGCGCCCUGGUGGGCUGGCUACUGGUGGUGGCCACCAGCGGCGUGGCAGCCUUCUUCACCAUGCUCUACGGCCUGCACUACGGCCGAGCCAGCUCCCUCAAGUGGCUCCUCUCCAUGGCUGUCUCCUUCGUGGAGAGCGUGUUCAUCACACAGCCCCUGAAGGUACUGGGGUUUGCAGCUUUCUUUGCACUGGUCCUGAGGAGCGAGGAAGACGAGGAGGAACCUGUGGUCCUACCCCUGUCGGAUCCAGGCACCUACGCCUUAUACCAAGCACGAAGAAAAAGCAGAAAGGACACCUACCAGCCGCCUCUCCCCUCCGAUGUGGAGAGGAUGAAAGUCACGCACCUCAAGGAGCAGAAAGCAUUUGCCCUCAUCAGAGAAUUCUUGGUGUACCUGGGCUUCCUUUGGAUGCUGCUCCUGGCGGCCUAUGGACAGAGGGACCCGAGCGCCUACUACUUCAACAGACACCUUCAGCACAGCUUCAGCCAAGGCUUUUCAGCUGUGCUGAGCUACCAGGGGUUCUUCACGUGGGCCAACACCACCCUCGUACACAACCUGUACAGUCACCACCCAGGUUUUGUCACCGACGGGAAUUCCAAGCUGCUUGGCAGCGCCCAGAUUCGCCAAAUGCGGGUCCAGAAAAGCUCGUGCCCUCUUGCAGAGCAGCUGCUUACACCUCUCGACGGCUGCCAGGCGCCUUAUUCCGUGGAUACUGAAGACCUGUCAGAUUAUGGGGAAGGCUGGACUGCCUGCACUCUCAACUGCACCAAUGGCUUUCCCCAAGCUUGGCAGUACCAGAGCCAGAGCCAGCGUCAAGGGUACCCCACCUGGGGCAAGCUUGCAGUGUAUGGGGGAGGAGGCUACGUGGUCCCCUUGGGGACUGAUCGCCAAAGUGCUUCAAGAAUUCUCCAGUAUCUCUUUGACAACACCUGGCUGGACACCCUGACCAGAGCUGUGUUUGUGGAGUUCACAGUCUACAAUGCCAACAUCAAUCUGUUCUGCCUCAUCACCUUGACCUUGGAGACCAACGCCAUGGGAACUUUUUUCACGCUCGUGGACGUGAGGAGCCUCCGCCUGUACCCCUUCACUGAUGGCUGGCACCCCUUUGUGGUGGCAGCAGAAGUCCUCUACUUCUUCUUCCUCCUCUACUACAUGGUGGUGCAGGGCAAGCUCAUGAGGAAGCAGAAAUGGGGCUAUUUCUGCAGCAAGUGGAACCUUCUGGAGCUGGCCAUCAUCCUGGCCAGCUGGAGUGCCCUGGCAGUGUUUGUGAAGAGGGCUGUCCUGGUGGAGCGAGACAUGCAGCGUUACCGUGGCCACAGGGAGGAGAGGGUCAGUUUUAGUGAGACCGCAGCAGCCGACGCGGCCCUGGGCUACAUCAUUGCAUUCCUGGUCCUCCUGUCCACAGUGAAGCUAUGGCACCUGCUCAGGCUGAACCCCAAAAUGAGCAUGAUCACAUCAGCCCUGCGGCGCGCCUGGGGGGAUAUCUCUGGCUUUCUCAUCAUCAUUCUUAUCAUGCUCCUGGCUUACUCUAUCACGUCACACCUAGUAUUUGGAUGGAAACUCCACUCCUACAAAACACUCUUUGAUGCAGCAGAAACAAUGAUCAGCCUGCAGCUGGGAAUCUUCAACUAUCAGGAGGUGCUGGAUGAGAGCCCAGUACUUGGCUCCUUCCUGGUCGGGUCCUGCAUUGUGUUCAUGACGUUCGUGGUGGUGAAUCUGUUCAUCUCUGUCGUCUUAGUGGCCUUCAGUGAGGAGCAGAAAUGCCAUCACCUAUCGGAGGACGGAGAGAUUGCUGAUUUGCUGGUGAUGAAAAUACUCAGUUUCCUGGGCAUUGGAGGUAAAAGAGAGGAACCCCAAAACAGCAGUGAGAAAACUAAGGAACUGACAGAAACGGGGGUGCAGCCCCCUACGGUCUAG